AUGCCUUUUAGAUUCCCUGUUAAGUUUGACUUGCCCCAACACGUCCACAUCAACGCACGUGUUAUCAGAGACCAGUUUAAAAGACUCCAAUAUAAUGAGCACGAAGUGACUAGGAAUGCUUUAAGGUACAUUGCUCGUAAUACCGAGUUACCAGCCAGAGCUCGGUUGGAGGCCCAAUUACAAUUGGCCUCGAUGCCAAAAUAUACCUCCUACAGUCAGAUCAGAGACAGAUGUGUUGCCUCUGGGAAUUCCAAGUCUGUUAUCCCCGAUUUCAAGCUUAACAGAACCACAUUCAGAGAAAGAGCCAGACAUGGAUUGAUUCCUGGUGUUAAGGUUGCUUCAUGGUAG